UAUCGAGCUAAUAAGUUAGCAGCCAUGGCUUCAAUUUCAUGCAUUAUCACCACCAAUUUAUCAUCAUCUUUUCCCCGUCCUUUCCCCAGAAAACAUCCCAAAAUCUCACUCAAUUCAAAUGCACCAAAACGUCACAACACAAUCUCUUGUGCAUCCUCGUCGUCAAAUGAGGACGGUCACAAAAACCCAUUACCCUCGUCGGAAAACAUCUCUGACCGGAAAAUUGACCGGAGAAACGUCCUGUUAGGCCUCGGCGGCCUCUACGGCGCUUAUACCUUCGACCCCUUUGCCCUGGCCGCUCCGGUCCCCGCCCCGGACGUUACAAAGUGCAGCAGGGCUACUAUAAGCUUUAGUGUGGAUAAUGUGCCGUAUUCUUGUUGCCCUCCUCUUUAUGGCACCAUUUCUGAUUAUGAGGUGCCCAGUUUUACAAGGCUUAAUGUCCGGCCGGCGGCUCAUAAGGUUAGUAAAUCGUAUAUAAAGAAGUACGAGGCCGCCAUUAAGAAAAUGAAGGAGCUUCCUUGUGAUGAUCCCAGAAACUUCUACCAGCAAGCUAACGUCCACUGCGCUUACUGCAAUGGCGCUUAUCAACUCGCCGGUCAACCUUACGAUGUCCACUCUUCAUGGCUCUUCUUCCCCUUCCACAGAUGGUACUUGUACUUCUUCGAGAGGAUAUUGCAGUCCCUAAUUAACGACCCAACAUUCGCCCUCCCAUAUUGGAACUGGGACAACCCACCGGGCAUGUAUUUCCCGGACAUCUUCGACGACAAAUCAUCGCCCCUCUACGACGAGUUCCGCAACGCGGAUCACCGCGGCGGCUACCUCAUGGACCUCGCUUACGCCGGCCAAGAUCUCGCCGCCGAACCUAAGCAGAUAGUUAACAACAAUCUGGCAAUCAUGUACCGCCAAAUGGUCACUAACGCGCCCUGCCCGUUACUCUUUUUCGGCGCCCCUCUGCGAGCCGACGGCUACGGCCCCGGCGGUUUCGCUAACGGGACCAUCGUCAGUGUUCCCCACAAUUCCGUUCACCGGUGGGUGGGUGACCCCAGAACGUCUCAUAAUGAGGACAUGGGCAACUUCUACUCCGCCGCUAAAGACCCGGUUUUCUAUUGCCACCACUCCAAUGUGGACCGGAUGUGGACCAUCUGGAAGACUCUGGGCGGCAAACGUAUGGAUAUCGCCGACCCGGAUUAUCUGAACUCGGAGUUCUUGUUCUAUGAUGAAAAUAAGAAUCUUGUGAAAGUCAAGAUUGGAGAUUGUUUGGACAACGAAAAGCUUGGCUACACUUUCCAGGAUAUGCCAACUCCAUGGAAGAAAUUCAAGCUGACCCGGAAAAGAACGAAACUGCUGAUAAAAAGUGCCAAGUCAACUCCCUCCACCGAAACCGUCUUACCGGCAACCUUAACCAAGAUUCUAACGUUUUCCGUGGCGAGGCCGGCGACGUCGAGGACAGAAGCGGAUAAGGAAGACAUGGAGGAGCUGCUAAACCUGGGACUUGAAUACGACGACACAAAAUACAUUAGAUUCGACGUGUUUCUGAACGAGGAUGAGGACGUGAUUUUGUUCGAGCUGGACAGGGCGGAGUUCGUGAGCAGCUUCGCCAACUUGCCGCACGUUCACGAAGGCCACGGCGAAGGUGAAGGCGACGCGCCGACGACCACGACGUGGAGAUUGCCGAUCACGGAGGUGCUUGAGAAUUUGGGGAUUGAGGGAGAGGAUACGGUGGUGGUGACUCUGGUGCCUAAAUGUGAGGGUGAGUUUAUGAACAUCACAAAGGCUGAGAUUGAAUUGGUGAAUUGUGUUGAUUAAUUAACACCUUUAAAUAAAUUAAGAUCGAAUAUCGAUCAUGUAAUAAAGGGGUCAUUGCCUUAUGUAUGCCUCCGAUCCUUAGACUUCUAUUGGGCCAAAUAAUGGGCUUGUUCAAAAUAUAAUAUUAGUAAAUUUUAUAUUUUGGUGAA